GGCGGCACCCGGCAGGCCGCUGGGCGUGGACGCAGUCCUGUGGCCGCGUCCGGCCGGCGGGUGGAGCGUCCCAGCGGGUUGGACGGCGGGGCCCUCCGGGGUGUGGCCGCCCCGCGCCCCGCCCCGCGUCCCUCCUCCGCCGGCGGCUCCCGGGGCUGGUGGUCUCUCCGGCGCUCGGCUUCCUUCCGCAGCUCAGCUCAGCGCAACCGCCGCCCGGCCCCGCCAGCCUCCGGGACCAUGGCCAAUCUCGAGCGCACCUUCAUCGCCAUCAAGCCGGACGGCGUGCAGCGCGGCCUGGUGGGCGAGAUCAUCAAGCGCUUCGAGCAGAAGGGAUUCCGCCUCGUGGCCAUGAAGUUCCUUCGGGUAACGCGCCCCCGUCUCCCCUCCGGGUCCCCAGCCGGGUCGUGGGGUUUCCCCCACCCGCAGAGCCUGGUCCGCGUCCCCUUCCCGAGCCGCGGUCCGCAUUGGCCAUUUCCACGCCCGCGGGAGCCCCUUCGCCCUCUGCCCCGCCCAGGGCUGCGCCGGCCCGCCGACCCCUGCCUGAGGCUUGGGAGGACUGACGACCUUGGGAAGGUUAAGCGGAGGUAACGUGGCUCCUCCCGAGCUGGCU